GCUCUCCCGCUUCGGCGCUGCCGCACUCCGGGGCCCGCCUGGGGUGGAAUCAUCGGGCCGAGUCAGCCCGGCAGCUUCCUCCGUCGGAGGAGAGAAGCGGGGGCGGACGCUGUCGCGCAGGAGGCUGCCUCGCAGGCCUUUUAGAUGAAAAAACCGUUGUGUUGAGCAAAUGCAGGAUGGUGUGUUUUCGUGACUAAAACACCAGCAGCCUAGAAUAGCCGGAGCCUACAUACAGUGAGCAGUUGGUUAGAAGGCUACCAAUACGCUUUUCCUCAUACAAGUUGAAUUUGCCGUGAUUGGCAUGGAUGUCUGAAGGCCACUUUUUUACAAGUAUGUUCCAGCUCUUAGCAGCACCAUCUUGAGUGUCUCUGAUGCUGGACAUUUGAAUGCUGAAGCUGGCAGAUAAUUGAGAGGGCUGGCAACAUGUUAUGUUGGGGAAAUGCCUCUUUUGGACAGCUUGGAUUGGGGGGCAUUGAUGAAGAAGUUGUCCUAGAACCCAGAAGAUGCAACUUUUUCAUAAACAAAAAGGUUCGAGAUGUAGGCUGUGGACUAAGACACACUGUGUUUGUCUUGGAUGAUGGGACUGUGUAUACAUGUGGAUGUAAUGAUUUAGGACAAUUAGGACAUGAAAAAUCCAGGAAAAGACCAGAGCAGGUGAGUGCCUUGGAUGCUCAAAAUAUUGUAGCUGUUUCAUGUGGAGAAGCCCACACGUUAGCAUUAAAUGACAGUGGUCAAGUCUAUGCUUGGGGUUUUGCUGCAGAUGGACAACUUGGCUUGCCUGGAACUGAGGAGUAUACCAGAGUGCCCAGAAACAUAAAAAGCUUGUCAGACAUCCAAAUAGUGCAGGUUGCCUGCGGCUACUAUCAUUCCCUUGCACUCUCCAAAGGUAGUGAAGUUUUUUCCUGGGGACAGAACAAACAUGGUCAACUAGGUUUAGGUUAUGAAUUCAAAAAGCAGACUUCCCCACAACAGAUAAAAUCUUUGCAAGGGAUACCUUUUGCGCAAAUUACAGCGGGCGGAGCACAUAGCUUUGUGCUUACUCUUUCUGGAGCAGUUUUUGGGUGGGGACGCAACAAAUUUGGCCAACUUGGUCUUAAUGAUGAAAAUGAUAGAUAUGUUCCCAAUCUUCUAAAGUCACUAAGAUCCCAGAAAAUUGUUUACAUCUCCUGUGGAGAAGAUCAUACUGCGGCUCUUACAAAGGAAGGUGGGGUGUUUACUUUUGGAGCUGGAGGCUAUGGGCAAUUAGGUCAUAACUCUACUGGCCAUGAGAUAAACCCAAGAAAAGUUUUUGAACUUAUGGGGAGCAUUGUCACACAGAUUGCUUGUGGAAGGCAGCACACAUCUGCAUUUGUCCCUUCAACUGGAAGAAUUUAUUCUUUUGGCCUUGGAGGUAAUGGACAGUUGGGCAUGGGAUCAACCAGUAACAGGAAAAGUCCCUUCCCAGUGAAAGGAAACUGGCUUCCUUAUAAUGGAGACAUCCCACUAAAUUCAGAUCGUGAAGAAUAUUAUUAUGUACAUAGGAUUUUCUCUGGUGGAGACCAAAGCUUUUCACAUUACGUUACUCUACAGGAUUUGGAACCUCCAGAUGACUUCAGAUACCCAUGUGCUUCGAAGCAAAUCUGGACUGUGAACGAAGGCUUCAUUCAGAGGUUGCUGCACUGCUCGUCUUCAGGAUCAGGGAGGCUCCCUGCAGAGAUAGCAAAUGAAAUCGACGGAACAUUUUCCUCAGCUGGCUGUCUAAAUGGAAGUUUUUUAGCUGUCAGCCAUGAUGAUCACUACAGAACUAGUGCCAGAUACUCAGGGAUUGACAUGAAUACUGCUCGACUUCUGUUUCACAAACUUAUACAGCCGGAACAUCCUCAUAUAUCUCAGCAGGUUGCAGCUAGUUUGGAAAAGAACCUUAUUCCUAAACUGACUAGUUCCUUGCCUGAUGUUGAAGCCCUAAGACUGUUUCUAACCCUGCCAGAAUGCCCACUAAUGAGUGACGCAAACAAUUACAUGACACUAGCUAUCCCAUUUGCAACUGCUAUUGUGAAUCUAGAAAAGGCUCCACUGAAAGUACUUGAAAACUGGUGGUCUGCAUUGGAGCCUCCCCUGUUCCUUAAAAUAGUGGAACUUUACAAGGAUGUUGUUGUCCACCUUCUUAAAUUGUACAAGAUGGGCAUUCCAACUUCAGAGCAAAGAAUCUUCUCUAGCUGCCUGCACUCUUCUCUCAAGGUUUUGGAAAUUUUGCACAGGGUAAAUGAAAGAGGUGGGCAAAUCAUACAAUAUGAUAAAUUCUACAUACAUGAACUACAGGAUUUGAUAGACAUAAGAAGUGACUACUUCCACUGGAUUCAGCAGCAGGCAUAUGGAAUGGAUAUCAGCCAUGGAUUAAAUGAGCUAGCAGAUGUGCCAGUUACAAUUUGCACCUACCCAUUUGUGUUUGAUGCACAGGCAAAGACAACACUCUUGCAGACAGAUGCAGUCUUACAGAUGCAGAUGGCUGUUGACCAGGCUCACAGACAGAAUUUCUCAUCUAUUUUUCUCCCAGUAUUUGAAUCUGUCAAUCCAUGUCUGAUCUUAAUUGUGCGCAGAGACAAUAUUGUGGGGGAUACCAUGGAAGUCCUAAGAAAAACAAAAAAUGUUGACUACAAGAAGCCUCUUAAGGUUAUCUUUGUAGGGGAAGAAGCUGUUGAUGCAGGAGGAGUUCGCAAAGAAUUUUUCUUGCUUAUCAUGAGAGAGCUGUUAGAUCCCAAGUAUGGAAUGUUCAGGUACGACGAACAAUCGAGGCUCAUCUGGUUCUCAGAUAAGACCUUUGAAGACAGUGACUUAUUUCAUCUGAUUGGUGUUGUCUGUGGGCUAGCAAUAUAUAAUUUUACUAUUGUAGAGCUUCACUUCCCUUUGGCUUUAUAUAAGAAGCUCCUGAACAAGAAACCUUCCCUGGAUGACCUCAAAGAGCUAAUGCCUGAUGUUGGCAGGAGUAUGCAGCAAUUAUUGGACUACCCAGAAGAUGAUAUAGAGGAUACCUUCUGCCUCAACUUUACAAUCACUGUUGAAAAUUUUGGUACUACGGAAGUUAAGGAGCUAAUUCCUAAUGGUACUGAUAUUCCUGUUGUCAAACAAAAUAGGCAAGAGUUUGUGAAUGCCUACGUGGACUACAUCUUCAAUAAAUCUGUGGCUCCUCUCUAUGACGCAUUCCAUGCAGGCUUUCACAAGGUGUGUGGAGGUAAAGUUCUGCAGCUCUUCCAGCCCAAUGAACUGCAAGCAAUGGUGAUUGGGAAUACAAACUAUGAUUGGAAAGAACUAGAGAAGAAUACUCAAUACAAAGGAGAAUAUUGGGCAGAGAAUCCAACAAUUAAAAUGUUCUGGGAAGUUUUUCAUGAGUUACCACUGGAGAAGAAGAAACAGUUUUUAUUAUUUUUGACAGGCAGUGAUCGUAUUCCUAUUCUUGGGAUGAAGAGCCUUAGUCUUGUCAUUCAGCCGACUGGAGGUGGUGAUGAGUAUCUCCCUGUGUCUCAUACAUGUUUUAAUCUUCUUGAUCUUCCAAAAUAUACAGAUAAAGAAAUACUCAGAUCUAAGCUGAUCCAGGCUAUUGAUCACAAUGAAGGUUUCAAUUUAGUAUAACUUGCAGAAGCUAAGAACACAGCAACUCUUUAACGUGGGAACACUGAACUAAUUUUGCAUCUAUCUUGCAGUGUCACAUAAGGUGAAAAGCCUGGCAGCGGAGCUAUUAUAAGAAAUGCUUGUAAACAUGUUCAGUGAUCGGAUCCUCUAAUGGCAGCCAAAAAUCCUUACACUAAUAAACUGUCUUGAUAUGAAUGCUGGAGCCACAUUUUGCCAUCUUAAUAAAAAUUCAACUUUGGAAUAAAAGCAAUGGUUUCACUAACUAAAUUUUAGUACUUCACAUAUUGCAAAAUGACUUGCUGUGUGUGUGAAAGGUGUGCUUACUCCCCCCCCCCAAUCACUGCAACAGUCACAUUAGGUUUUUCAUUUUGUAAAUAUAUUUUUUUUGUAAUAAAAUACCUGUGCUCCAAUAGCAGUAGAGUAUCUAUUACUUGUAACUGAAUUGGGGCUUAUUUUAUAAAAAGAGACACACACCCAAAAGGCAUUAACAUUUGAGCUGAUAAAUUAAGAGAUAUGCAUCUCUUGUCUUUUUGUAAAAAUCUUAUGAGGAACCAUAAAUUUUAUGUCAACCCUUUCAUACCGGAACAAAUAUGGCUCCUGUUAACAUAAAAAAAAAGAGAUCAAGACAAUGUGAAAGAUAAUUUGUCUGAUAAUCUCAUGGCAGCAUGAAGCAACUAUCAGUUGUUAAAAUUAUGAAUGGAACCCAUUAUUUAAUCUUGGAAUUCAAUCCUUGGCAACUGUUGGUAAUUAGAAUAAUCAAGGAAUGCCUGGCUUCAGCUCCACUUUUUGCCUUUUACCUUCAGUAGAGCUGAGAAUUUUAUCCUUUUGUUCCCAUUCACAAAUGUUGAAAGAGCAGUUUUGCAGUUCUGGUUCAGUUUACACUUUUUCAGAUAAUUGUUAAAUGCUCUCUUUUUAAAAGACUUUUUGGAUUUCAGUAAGACAUCUCCUGAUGAUAUUGAAUUAAACAUGAGGAUUGAGGGGGUGGGGGCUAGCUUAAGUUCCUGAAUGUUUACAUGUUAAUGGAUAGUAUGUGACUUUCAGCUGUGAAAUAUUUAUUUUUUUUUAGAUUUAUAAACUGCAGUGAAACAAUUCAAGCAUCAAAUAAAAAAAUUCUUGAAUGAAUUAUGUACAA